AUGAAGUUACAUUGGAUUGUAUUCACAGCUAUUUGUCUACUCGGUUUAUGUAGACCUACGGAUGGAUUAUUUGGAACUACAUCCCUUCAAGACUAUGUGGAUAACCUUGUUGAUGCUGCUAAAUUUAAAUUUGAAGGCAUGUUAAGUGUUAAUGAUUCAGUUGUUGGUCGUAUGUGGAGUUUUUUUAAAUCAAAAUAUGGUCGUGCUUAUUCAUCUCUUGAUGAAGAAAAACAACGUCUUCGUAUAUUUCGUGAACAUCUUAAAUAUGUUCUCGAAACAAAUCUUAAUAAAUUACAGACAUAUGAGUUAGAAUUAAAUGAAUAUGCUGAUUGGUCAACAGAUGAAUUUAAUUCUUUGAAAAAAGGUUUGAUUGUGUCAACUAGUUUACGACGAAAUUUCUUAGAUAAUUAUGAUGAUGAUAGUGAAGAUAAAGAUUCAUUUCGUCGUAGUCUCAAUAAACUUUAUCAACGUCAUUAUCGUUCACAACGAUUAAAAAGAAGUAUGAUUAAUAGACAACAUCAACGAAAACAUCAUGAUAGACGUGGAUUUACUGAUUGGUUAAUAGGUCUUCUUAAUAUUAGUACUAGUACUCCUGCUCCUGCUAAUAAUAAUAAUAAUAAUAAUAAUGCACAAUCAACCAGUUCAUUUGAUUGGCGUAGUAAAAAUGUUGUUGGUAGUAUUAAAAAUCAACUUAAUUGUGGAUGUUGUUAUGCAUUUGCUAGUGCAUCAGUUCUAGAAAGUCUUUAUGCUAUAAAAACUAAAGCUACAAGUGUUACUGACUUAAGUCCACAACAAAUAACAGAUUGUUCUACUGGUAAUAGUGGUUGUAAUGGUGGAAAUUUUGCACCAAGUGUUCGUUAUGUAUUAGGACAAGGUGGUAAAAUUGCUACACUUGCAUCUUAUCCAUAUGCAGGAGUAAAACAAACAUGUAAAACAAGUGGAAUUAAUCAAAUAAAUCUUGGUAAUAUUGAAUAUGGAGCUAUUCCCGAAGGUGAUGAAAAAACAAUGGCUCAAGCACUUGUUACUUAUGGACCGAUAUUUAUUGGUCUUGAUGCUGAUUCGAAAUUAUUUAUGUUUUAUAAAUCUGGUGUACUUACAAUACCAAGUUGUCCGACUCGUCGACAAGAUAUGGAUCAUGCUAUGGUUGCUGUUGGUUAUGGUUAUGAUAGUACACUUAAAUUAUCAUAUUGGAUUAUAAAAAAUUCUUGGGGUGAAAAAUGGGGUGAAAGUGGUUAUUUUCGUUUAGUAAAAGAUAAAGGAAAUAUGUGUGGUAUUGCUUCUAUGGCAUAUUAUGCAAAAUUAACAUAA